AUGGCUACAUUAUUCUCAGGCUCUGUCUUUGAAGCGAACCCGUACGAGGGUCACCCCAACCUGUCCGAGUUGGAGGCAGAGGUGCUCUGGCAGUAUGCCAAGCUCUCCCAGAACAUCAAAGAGCUUAUCGCCGAGACACGCAGAGUGAGCGAGGCUCCGGACGAGAAGAUGUUGAAGCAGCUACGGGCGUUGGAGGUGAAGAUGGGUUUGGUUUUGACAUUGUUCAAGGCAUCAGUGUGGGCCGUUAUCAACGAGCAGCCCAUGGCAGAUCUGUCGGGCCCGUAUGCAGAUACGACAGCGGAUGCCACGAUUAGAGAAUGA